AUGGGCAAUUCAGUGUUUCGACCUGGUGGGCUCUUGUUAAGCGUUAACCGAGACAACGCAAAACUUUCAGAGUCAACUGCAUCCAAAAUCGAAACGCUGUUUGAUGUUCUGAGAGCAAAUCCAAAAAUAUCAAUUCAAAGAUUAGAGGCACUUCUACUCCAAAUACCUAAGGCAAGAUUAACAUCAAAUUAA